AUGUACCUAUGGACAGACUCCCAAACAGAAUUGUGUUGGAUAAAUAGUGACAAGGACUUGCCCAUACAAAACAGAGUAUCUGAAAUCAAAAGUGUUGACAAUUUGAUAACAAGUUACAUAAAUACUAAGGAAAAUCCAGCCGACGUCGCAACCAGAGGAACCACUCCACAGUUAUUAAAUGAAAACAGACUUUGGUGGUACGGUCCUGAAAAAAUGAAUGAAAAUUCCAAGAAGUUGAAAACCGACAAUGAUUCAAGAUCAAGACUUCUAAAUGAUGAAGUGACACACGAAGCCACGGCAUUGUUAAACACUAACGAGAAAAGCGAGGACCAACACAAGAUUCCCGAGACACCGUUUGAUAUAAACUUGAACAGAUUUUCAUCGUUCACAAAAUUAUUACGUGUGACUGUUAUUGUGAUGAGAUUCAUAAAAAUGUUAAAGAAACAACAUGUGCAAAAGGAAUUUAUGACCAGUUCGGAACUAGAGGAGGCAAGUAAUCUGUGGAUAAAGCACAUUCAAAGGAAACAUUACCCUACCGAAGCAAACGGAUCCAGUGGUAGACAAAUGAAGAAUCUGCAGACACAGCUUGGUUUAUUUGUGCAUGGUAACGGUAUGAUUCGUUGUAAAGGGAGACUAGAGAACUCGGCUUUGACUGAAAGCACCAAGAGACCAAUACUGUUACCUAGAAAGGAAAGAUUAACGGAUAUUAUUAUAGAAAGAACAAAUAGGGAAGUUCUGCAUUCUGGUGUAUCACAAACACUUGCCAGAGUAAGAAAUAAGUACUGGAUACCACAGGGACGCUCUGCAGUAAAGUCAGUGUUACGCAUGUGUUUAAUAUGUCGAAGACACGAGGGAGGACCAUACAGAAUGCCCAUUAUGGCACCUUUACCAUCUUCAAGAGUUCGAGAGUCAUGUGCCUUUUCUAGAACUGGAAUUGAUUACCUUGGUCCUCUUAAAAUCAAGACAUCGGAAGGGCCGAGGAAAGUUUGGAUAUGCUUGUUCUCGUGUAUGGUUACACGGGGUAUUCAUCUUGAAGUGCUUCAGGAUAUGUACUGA